AAAUAUUUUAAAAAUACUGUGCAAAAAUUAUUCUAAUGUCUAAAUAAUUAUGUAGAACUUUAUUUUUCCAAUGAAUAUAAUAAAACUAUAAAGUUAUCGUGAAGUCUGUGUAAAUAGGAUUACUUUAUUGUAAGUAAAUAAUAUUGUUUGCUCAAGAUUCUGGUAAAUGUAAAUAGUUAAGUUGGUUACGCAUUGUUUACCAUCUAGUGAAAACAAUGGAAGGGCUGAGUCAAAAUGAGAAGAUAAUCUGGAACUGUUGGGAGGAGAAGUCGCCGAGGGAUAUGGUUCGAGAGGCUGCUGCAAAGGGAACUCAUAUUAAUCUUGCAAUUAAAUAUCUAAUGAGUAAAAACUCUUGGAGUGAAUCUACAGCACAAGAUUGGUUUAUGGCAGAGGUUAAGGCAUGGACUGUCCAGCUGCUGAUGCGAAAGCAAAUAUAUAAAGUUCUCCACAUUCUGAAUAAAUGCAAUAUAAACCCAGAAGAACAUUUAAUGGUUCUGGCAGAGACAUCACCAGAAAUUGAAUACAGAGAUUUCAUUGUGGAAAACUUGCAAAAACUGUCUAAGGAUAUGAAAAGUGAGAAUGUAAAAAGGUGGGAAGAUUUCAAAAGACAUUGGAAUUUACUUCGUUAUCUGGAAAAGUCGUUUGAAGUUGAUGGUACCUUCAAACAAAACAAAGUGUUUGGUAUUGGAAGCAACAGAGUAUUUGUAAAUGAAAGUGAAAUUAAGGCAUUGACAAUUGAGAAUAUAGAAAAAUAUCCCCCUGACUGGAAAUGCAAGAUUGCAACUGCAUUAUUCUUUGACACAUUUGAAUUUUCCCUGCUGGAUUUUUCUACACCUCUUAACAUGUGGAACUAUUUAGUAGAUCACAAUAAAUCUAUGAUUCUUGUUCGUUGGAUCAACGUUCAGAUGUCGGAAGUGGUGCGGGACAUGAAUGCACGCUACAAUUUUUUUAACAAUGACAAUUUUGUACAAAAACUCUUGCAUGUUGACACCAAAGGUUUCACUAAUGAAGUGCUUGAUGCCUUAGACGAAAUAUUUCGCAAGUGGCCUAUUUCAACAGAGAUGAUAGAAAUAAUUUCCAACACCACUUGUUUUGAAUAUACAAAAAUGUGUAUAUAUGACACUUUAGCUUCUUACGGUAUAAUUGUAGAGAGUGAAAAGAAGGAUUUAUACCAAAUAAUUGCAAGGUUAGCGAGAACUCAAAAUUUGAAAUUAAUUGAUGACAUAUUUUCCGAAUCCUGUGCCACAAUGAGUAUGCAAGAGUUCUAUUUAGAAUUGGCAAAGUAUUUUGUAAAAAACAAACUGUACAAAGUUUUGACCAUUUGUAUUGAGGGGCACAUACUAGAUAUAGAUUUAUCAGAGGUGGAACAGGAGGCUAAGGAUUGCAUUGAACUGUGGCUGCUGUUCAAAAGUAUUGAACAAACUUCUGAUAGGCAGAGCCAUGUGGUGCCUGUGUAUAAAACCUGUCAACAAAUAGCAAAGGACGAUAUUGAAAACUACAUUUCUGCUAAUCCACAUUUGGUGUUAGGUAUGAUUUUAUUGGAAGACAACCUGAAUUUAUUUGAUAUAUUUUCAAAAGAACAGUUUUUGCAGUUCAAAGACUUCAAGUUGCCAAAUAAGGGCUACAAACAUAAACAUCCACAUUUGUAUAAUGUUUACAAAAAACAUGCCAGCAAAAAUGAAAUGUAUGAGUGUAAGGAUGUGAACGUCUAUCAAUUGCUUUCUGGAUAUCGGGGUCUAGAUGUCUCCAAGAUAUUUGAAUUCCAAAUAAUAAAUAUGAACAGUAACAAUCAGCUACCUGAUAAAACCGAUCGACGCAGUUUAGGAAGUCUAAUAUCAAAUGAAGUAGAUGUACAUGGUCUAAAAGCACUGACUCAGAGAACAGUAGAUAUGCCAGAUUUUGCUAAUGAAAAACUUAUGAAAAGAUAUGGAUAUGAUGCAAAAUUAAAUCAUACCUAUUAUUUGAAGCAGUAUCGUCCUUGCAAUGCCAGCCAAGCUUUCGUGUCUCAGCAGUAUCAAAUAUACAAUCGACUACAAGAAAAGAGUAUUAAAAGUGCUUGUUGCGAGGCACACGCUUUAGCACUUCAAAAUUGGUCUGAUACUGCAUUGACAGCUUGCGCCAUUUCUUUUGUGGCGAUGAUCGGAUGCAAUCCCACCAGAUGCAGAGUUCACGUAUCGGCUACUAAGAUGAUAAGAAACCAUCUCGUGCAGCGUAAAGGAUUUCCUGAGAACGAAGCUAAUAAAAUAAUUAAUGAGUUCAUGAUAAAAUUGAUCCAAAACAAUGACGAAACUGCUGCAACUAUUCUAAAAUAUUUAGAAGAAAUAACGUCUUGUAAAUUGAAAGAAAUUCAAGAAGCAGGUGGAAAACAUGAUAUGUCUUUAGUAUUGUACGAAUCUCAAACAAUGGUUAAGUUUGCAAUGUUGCACAAUUUGCAAUUACCAGAAAUGCAGCUUAGGGAAUUUGUACGAAAUGGUUCUUGGUUCAACUUCUUGCUUUUCGGCGAUGUUUUUAGAUACCCUCUGCCCCAAAUGUUACAAUUGUCGCAGGACUUCGAAAAGACAUCAUAUGCUGAGCAUUUAAAAUAUAUAAUGGUUCAUAAAAGUGCAGAAGAUGAUAAAGAACAAAAAUCAAAUUCCAGUAAUGGACAAAGGAGACUCACAAGACUGAAUUCAGUUGAAACAAGCCCAACCCAGAGUGUGGUGUUUGACUUCCCGCCGAGCACGUACAUGGGGCGGGAGCUAUGGGAGGUUGCCGCGGCCUGCCACGGGCCGGAGGACCCCCCGGCCGCCUUGCUGCGGGCUGCUGACCUGUACCGAGAGCCCUUGCUGGUGCUCCUCGCUAGCUGUUAUGAGCCUAAUGCAGUAGACGUGCUCUGGGCUCACUGGAUAUUAUCUUCCUUGGAGCCAAAUGAGCGUAGUCGAGAGGCGUUGCAAACGGUGAUUGCGCAGAACGUACCGGCUCAGUUGUUCCAAAAAGUUGCUGAAAUAUGUCUCGUUGAAGGCUACAUUACCACCCUCCAUGAGUCCAUGCUGAUAUUUAUGCCGGAAAGCCCUUUAGCGAUAUUGACAUCGUUCCUCUAUCGUUGUAUACGACGUCUCACCUUUGAUUCGGAGACUAACAAGUACUUGACCAGUUUCCUCCAAAUUUGUCAACGCCGAUACAGCGUGGACGCCAGUGGUCUACCGUGUGACCUGUCCAAAGACUCCCUGCAGAGAAUAGCCGUGGCCCUCGUUAAAAUAGCACUUAUGCACAAUUUUGAUAUGCCUUAUCAUCAAAAGGAAUUCUUGAAAUGCUUAGCUGAAGCCCGCUUCGGUAAAGAUCUACUUGUUCAAUCGCCAGAUUUCACAAUGUUAUAUGAAAUUUUUAAAAUAACAAUGGAGACUUCAUCUGUGAUGAACAUAUCAAAGAUGCUGGAAGAUGAUGCGCCAGCCUAUUUUCUAGAAUGCGUAGAAAUGUACACUCGCGAAGGAAAUUACGAUGUAGCACUGCAAAUUGCUAAACUAGCAGCGUUACCGGUUGACGAAAUAUUGAUCGCCGAAUGGGAUAAAAAGUGCACAAGACUCACAGGCAUAAUCGUAGAUGACUUAAUUGUUUAUGAUGAAGACUUAACAUAUAUCAUUGCUCAGUGUAGUGAGGCCUUCAAGGAAGCUGGCGUAUCUUUUAACAGGGCGAUUGAGUUUCUUUCGAGAGUUUAUGUCGAAGACUUCGAACAAAAGUUCUAUGCCUACAGAGUGAUUAUGAGUUGGUUUGAAGAAAACCGUGUAUAUGGUGAGAAGAGGGAAGAAAUUGAACACGAAAUGUGGGACGCGUAUUUACGUUGUAGAGUAAACAUUGCAUUCAAAGACUAUCAGGGUACAGUGAACUUUGUUCUCAAUGGCCAGAAAGAUUCUAAUUCCCAAAAAGUUGAUUUGGUACACGAAGAAAAGCCUUUCUCGUUGACCUUACACGAGAUCGAGGUGGAAUCGGAUGUGGUGAAUAUAGAGAACGUCGAACUGUUGGAAUAUCCCGAAGACAUAGACCGCUGGAAAAAAGCUGUCAGCGAGUUGUUGGAGUUGAAAUUACUUGUGGAAGGCUUCCGGUUGGCCGCGUUGUACAAACCGCCUGAUGAAUACCGAUAUGGGUCUCCCGUGUGCCCCGUGCAAAUUAUAAGGACAUGUCUACGACUGGCAGAAGGUACAUGCUCGCCGUACGAAUUGCCACAGGAGCUGCGAUUGGUGAUAUCCUCGCCUACACUUCAAAACAAGUUGACUGUUUCAGAGGCGUCCGAAACUAGUUUCGAAGAGUUGGUCGUGAUACAGGAAAGACAAGACGGUGACGGCGUGCCUCACCUGGCUGCGCGCGAGGAAGCGGACCGCCUGUCUGCGUUAGAAGCUCUUGCAGUGCGCAGUGGCCUCUCCGUUGCUAAACAGAUAGCGAGCUACUUCCGGAUCGCACUACAAAUCGGCUGGGAUUAUGCGUCAGUGCUGAAGUACCAAAGCCGUCCCUUGGACUUCAUUAACUUGGUCAGCGGCAGAGCUCGAAUGUCGUUGGCGAAUCUCGUCUUCCGUACUUUCAAUAUACCGUCUAAACAAAUUGCAGAAUACUUGUGCCGGGAGAUGGUAGCUGCGAUAAUAUCGCCACACCUACUGAAAACUUCGACAUUCAGACAAAAAGAACACUUUCAGUACACUCUUUGGGGCUACAUCCUCGAUUCAGAUAUCGAAAUGUUUCUAAACAUGCGUCCAGAUGCUUGCAGUCAAAUCGGUCGAUUGAUUCUUGACCAUUUAAUGGCUUUCCAAAAGAUUUAUAAGGCAACGGGGGUUUUGAAGAUUCCUGAAAAUAGUUUGGAUGAUAGUUGUCUCGAUGUAGAAACUUUGAUCGACGAAGAGUAUCAAAACGUAGAAGGCGAUGAAGUAGAAUCGAUCAUGACAGAAGAGGGCACACUUAUGUCUGCCGAAACGGAAUCAGUGUACUCUGUUUCCACGGUCUACAACGCUGGUAACAAGAUGUCACGUGACUCUAGAAGAAACUUGUUCGACGUAAUUUCUCGAAGCAAUAUUCAUAUUAGAUACGAAGUCAAGUCGAAUAUCCGGAAGAUUACCAAAGGUGCCAAAUUAUCAACGAAACAGGUGAACAUAAUCUCGAUCGAGUUGUUGGUUCUCGCACACGAAUGUUUUUCGUGCGCGUGCGACACGGAGGGCGUUGCGGUGGUGCUGCGUUCCGCGCAGGCGCUGUCCGCGCGACUGUUGGCCGCACGCUCGUGGCGACUGAUGGUGCGGCUGCUAACGGGCCUUGCUCGCUACACGGAGUGCGCUUAUAUCUUACAGGCGUUACGCGAAAACCAUCAAUUUGAAUUCCUCCUCGGCCAGUUCGACUACAUGCUGGGCCAACAGCAGGACAAGAUCGCGGAGUUCAAACACGGCUUACUCGACUUCCUGAAAACGCACUGUCCAGGCGACACGGACACAUACAUAAUGGUUGCGCUACAUUUCAACAUGUACUCGGAAGCUGCGCACGUUAAGAAGAAACAGGCCAAUGAUCUGAUAGAUGAUUUGGAGAAAAUGGCCAGUGACGCGUCCAAAACGUCUCGUAGACAAUCUCAGCCCGUUUGGCUCAUGAUCCACGACAAUGUUCCAACGAGAUCCCUCCUCGAUACGGCAUUGAAUCAUUGCAACGAUGCUUGUGAACUUUACCUUCAAGGGGGUUGUACGGGAUUUGCGGGAGAAAUGGCGAACCUCGCGCAAAAGAUAGCACUGCAAAUAUCUCUUCUGAACGCAUCGCCGACGCGACUCAUUCUUAAUAGAAGCACUGAACAGACGUACAGCCUUGUGACGGAAUAUUUAAGCUUCAUGGAGGGACUGGUACUUCUAUCGAGUAGCGGGAGUUCCGUGUGGCGUGAACUGGCUUACCGACGUGCAUUAACAAACGAUCAGGCUUACCUCCGCGAUAUGGCGACUUAUCGACCCGAUAUAGCACACGACUUUAUAAACAGGUAUAAAUCGGAAAAGAAGAGAACCCCCGUAUCUCAGGCGGCUAUGACAGAAUUGCGUACCCUGAUUAGAUGAUACAGGGCCAAAAACGCUAACGUUUAUAAGAUCUCACUCUAAAUAUCAUAUAAAUAGAGUUUAUAUUCCAAAGUUUUAACGUCUUUAUUACUCUUUAUUUAUAAGUUUUAAUAAAAAUGACGACAUUAAUGUAUAUUCAUGUCUAAUAUAUUAUUUGUAAGUUAAGUGUAUACCUGUGAUAUUCUGUAUUGACUGAGAAAAACAUAUUUUUAUAGCUUUGUAGUUUAUAAAUAAAACUUUUAUUAUCUA